UCAGCGCACAGGGAAAUAGGAGCAGCGUGCAGUUGGUUAGCUACCAGCCGGCUAACACCUUUAGCUGUAUGCUGUGUUUCAUGCUUUCUCUGCAGGAUGGCCAACACGGCAGACGGAACAUGGGACAGUUUACCGGUUAAACUCAACGAGAAGAUUCUCGAAACGCUCGAUGAGCUCAAGUUCACGCACAUGACACCUGUACAGUCCGCCUGUAUUCCGCUGUUCAUGAGCAAUAAAGAUGUGGCUGCUGAGGCGGUGACUGGGAGUGGAAAGACACUGGCCUUCGUCAUUCCUAUUAUAGAACUGCUCCUGAAGCGAGAAGAGAAACUAAAGAAGAUGCAGGUUGGUGCCUUGGUAGUGACUCCCACCAGAGAACUGGCCCUCCAGAUCAGUGAAGUGAUGGAGCAGUUUAUUCAGAAAUUUCCCCAGUUUACGCAGAUUUUACUCAUUGGUGGCAGCAACCCAAUAGAAGAUGUGGAGAAGUUCAAGGAUCAGGGGGCAAACAUUGUGAUUGCGACACCAGGCCGUCUGGAGGACAUGUUCAGGAGGAAGUCUGACGGUCUGGACCUGGCCAGCUCAGUAAAGAGUCUGGAUGUGCUGGUGCUGGACGAGGCUGACAGACUGCUCGAUAUGGGCUUUGAGGCCAGUCUGAACACCAUCCUGAGCUACCUGCCCAAGCAGAGGCGUACAGGCCUGUUUUCAGCCACGCAGACUCAGGAGCUGGAGAAGCUGGUGAGGGCCGGCCUCAGGAACCCUGUACGCAUCACGGUCAAAGAGAAAGGCCUGGCUGCUGCUGCCGCCACCCAGAAAACCCCCUCCAGACUCUCCAACUACUACACUAUUUGCAGAUCAGAGGACAAGUUCAAUAACCUGGUAGCUUUUCUGAGGCAACACAAGCACGAGAAACACCUGGUCUUCUUUAGCACCUGUGCAUGUGUGGAGUACUACGGUCGAGCUCUGGAGGUGUUGGUCAAGAAGGUCACCGUCCACUGCAUCCACGGCAAGAUGAAAAACAAGCGCAACAGCAUCUUUGCUGACUUUCGCACCCUGAAAAGUGGGAUCUUGGUGUGUACAGACGUCAUGGCCAGAGGCAUUGAUAUCCCUGAUGUUAACUGGGUGCUGCAGUACGAUCCUCCCAGCAGCGCCAGUGCCUUCGUACAUCGAUGUGGACGGACAGCACGUAUCGGUAAUUAUGGCAACGCCCUCGUCUUUCUGUUGCCAAUGGAGGAAUCCUACGUCAACUUCCUGUCCAUCAACCAGAAGUGUCCGCUGCAGAAGAUGAACCCUAUAAGUGACGUUGUGGACGUGCUGCCCAAAGUGAAAGCCAUGGCUGUGGCUGACCGUGCCAUGUUUGACAGAGGCAUGAGGGCCUUUGUCUCUUACGUCCAGGCCUACGCCAAACACGAGUGCAGCCUCAUCUUCAGAGUCAAAGAUCUGGACUUUGCCUCCUUGGCCCGUGGCUUUGCGCUCCUUCGCCUGCCAAAGAUGCCAGAACUGAGGGGGAAAACAUUUCCUGAUUUCACUGAGAUGACGGUGGAUACAGACACCAUUCGCUACAAGGACAAGAAUCGGGAGAAGCAGAGGCAGAAGAUGCUGGCUGAGCAGAAAGACAAGAUGAUCCUUCCCAAAAAGAACUUUCAAAAGAAUAAAGCCUGGUCCAAACAGAAGACCAAGAAGGAACGCAGGAAAAAGAAGGAUGCCAAGAGGAAGCAUGACGAGGGCUCUGAUGUGGAAGAUGAAGACAUGAAGGAGCUUUUAAAUGACACUCGCCUUCUCAAGAAACUAAAGAAAGGUCAAAUCAGCGAAGAGGACUUUGAGACACAGCUAACCAGUGGACCAAAAUCAAAACACAAAACAGUUGUUAUUUGGCCUGGUGAGAAAACUUGUCAUCAAACCCUGACAGUUAUACCACAAAGCAAAACUAAUGUGUUGGUGAGAAAUAACCUAACAAACCGUAGCCUUCGGCGGAUCAGGAGAUUUCCACCGUACAACUAUUCUUCUACGGGCCAGAAGGGAUGCAAAAGCAAAAACAGUUUCUUUAUUAGUGGCCAUUUGAGUAUUAUCACCUCCAGAGAUGGCCAUUUCUGCAGAGGGUUUCACUUCGGAGUCAAAUGCAUCGUUCAAAGUUUUACAAACAGAUAACCAAAAGUCUCUCAAUUUAGGACAGGUCCAGAACAUAUGUGCCAUAUCUGCUGGGGUAUAAUUACAGUGCUCACAUCUGUCUUCUACGUCAGGGUAGAUUUUAGAUAAUUUAGAUUUAGUGUUAUAGAUUCCAUAAAAGUCUUUGAACAGUAUCAGACUGGGAUGGACACAUGAGGAUGUUCCAUAAAUUUUAGUCUGAGCAUGGCUCCAGAAUACAUCAGAUACUUCCAUCCCAAGUUCCUCUUCUCAUAUCGCUCUAAGUUAAUCUAAAGCCCCAUCUGCACGGGAUUAGUAUUACCUCGGGACCAAUGGUGAUUUGUCUGUGAUCUUAAUCCCGUGCGAAUAUGCCAUGUCUAGUUUGUAAAGUAAAAAUUCCACCGCAAAUUACCUAACACAUUUCGCCAAACACCGACGUCCUGUGAUAAUACUAGCCCCGUGCAAAUCUGCAUCUCAGUGAUUGGGGGGUGUUUUAGUUGCUGUUUGCGCACCUUUUUCUACCUCUUUCCCUGUUGAAUCAUGGAGACUGCGGUGGAAAUUACUGACAGCAUUUUAGGUGCAAAUGCAGGAGUAGGUCGAUACACAAUAGGCCUAUGGACCACUCGCAGAACUGGCAAAAUCAGGUCAACAAGAAGAGGGACAUUUCGGAGGAUAUUGAGAUGGACGACAUGCGUAGUAGUAUGUGGUAAGAAACAUUUUUCUAUGCCUAUCUUUCAACAGGCUUAUUGCCCUGAUGGCCCGUUAGCCCGACAAAGCUGCCCACUGUUGACAUGACGACUAUACACCAGCAACACCACCGGAUGUUGCGACGUGCACAGAUUUGACAUCAUAUCCGGGCUGCAAUGUCAGUAAAUUCGAGAAAAAUACAGACUUGGCUUAUCCCGUGCAAAUGCACUGCAAGAAACACAGACGUGGGGGAGUAAUUCACAAAUAACCAGAUAUCCUCAGGUAAUACUAAUCCUGUGCAAAUAGUACAUAAUGAACUAUUUUGAAGAGAAGUUAUCAUAUUUGAGGUAACUGAAAUCUGUCCCUUAUUUUGCAUAGGAGUCCUCAAAAUCUUCGCCAGUCCUGAGUCUGCUGCUACUUUUUUUUAAGUGACGUAUCCAAUUUAUUAAUGGUGAGCUCACUUUAUGAAAGAUACACAAACACACCAAACCAUUUUUUCCUCUAUAUGAAUGAUAGUGUAGUGAUGCUAAACCAUUAUGUUCUAUAGAAUGAACUUGCUAAGUGUGACAGGCCCCUGACUAUUUACUUACCUUGUUGAUGAUCCCUCCACUCUCCACAACUCCCUCCGCACCAACAAUAACUAGAUCCACUUUCUCCAGGACAUACCUGCAACAGAUUAUUUAAAAAAAAUAUGGGAUUAAUGCAGGUUCCUAAUGACACUUAGCCCUCUGAACUCCAAGCAGUUUUUGGACAUGUUUCCUCACACUGAGCUCCUCUAUGGAAACACCACAAUCAUAUCUACAAGUACAGAGAACUCAGAAAUGUCCUCUGUGCACUGUAACUUCCCUUUCAAACUGACCGAUUGAGUUUUAGGGUUCAAAGUGUUAAAACAAAAUGAUGAUAACAACUAUAUUUACCCCACAGCUGCAUCCAGGACGACUGUGACUGGAACAUUGAGUUUCCUCAGAGCUUCUGCCAUCUGCCGCCUGAAUAAAGAAGAAACGGGCUGAAUAAGUGUUUGUCCCCAAGAAUAAAAGUGGAGUGCAGUUUACAGACACUCACCCAGCUGCAUCAGGCUGCGAUUCAGUCACAUACACAGAGAACCGCUUCUUCUCGCCGGCAGCUUUUUCCAGAACUCUGAGGACGACUCUGGAAUACGAGUGCGUCAGGAUUUUCUGCCAGAGAGGGAAAAUGAGUCACCGUGCCGACUGCAUGUAAAGAGCAAAAAAUAAGAUGUUUCAUAUACUUACAGCGCCA